UUCUAGAAAGCCAUUUGCUACUGCUCAAACUAGAACUAAGAAAGUAGCUUGUUUUCUGUCUCUCUAUUUUAUUUAAUUUUUUUACUUUUUAUCAUUUCUACUGACACAGUUUGGUUUUCCAAGGCAUUAUAACUAUUUAACGGGACCAUGUCUACCUUUGGAUAUAGGAGAGAGAUUAGCAAAUAUGAAGAUAUUGAUGAAGAUGAGUUACUGGCAUCGCUAUCUCCAGAAGAGCUUCAAGAGCUGGAGAGAGAACUGGAGGAUAUUGAACCAGAUCGUAAUCUCCCAGUUGGAAUGAGACAAAAAAGUCUAACAGAGAAAUCUCCAACAGUAAACUUCAGCAGGGAAGCUCUAAUGGCCUAUUGGGAAAAAGAAACAAAAAAAUUACUGGAGACGGAACAGCAAGGAGCCUGCGAUAAGAAUCCUAAAGAAGAAGAAGAGUCAAGCGAGGAAGAGGAUUUUAUAGGAAGCAACAGUGAAGUUUCUGAAGUCUACACUGAAGAAGAAGAGGAAGAAGAAGAGGAAGAACAAGAAGCAGAAGAAGCAGAAGAACAGAAUGACCAAGAAGAAGAAAAAGAAGAUGAACGGGAGGUAGUUAGUGAAUCAGAAGAAAGUGAAAAAGAUGAACUUAAAGAAUAUGAUAAAUUGGAAUCUGGGAGUUCUAACUGUAGUCCUACUCCAAAAUGCAAUGGAUUAGCUAACAAUAGCAGUACAUGCAAUGGCUAUAGUGGAAAUAGCGUAAAAUUCAGUAGACAAACAGAUGGGUCUGGUCCCCAUAGGACGGCAACUGGCCUUGCCCUCUCCAACCCUACUGUCAUUGACGAUGCUCUUGAAAACAUCAAAACUAAUGACCCAGAGACUUUUGAAGUGAAUCUAAACAACAUAGAAAAUAUUACACCGGAAACACUAGUAUCUUUUGCACAAGCUUUAAAAGAUAAUACAGUCGUAAAAAUAUUUAGUGUAGCAAACACUCAUGCUGAUGACAAUGUUGCUAUAGCUAUUGCUACCAUGCUAAGAGUUAAUAAAAGUAUUACAAGCUUAAACAUAGAAUCAAACUUUAUCACAGGAAAGGGUAUACUGGCUAUAAUGCGAGCUUUACAGUAUCACAAUAAUGUAUUGACAGAAUUAAGGUUCCACAAUCAGAGACAUAUCAUGGGUAGUCAGGUGGAAAUGGAGAUAGCAAAACUCCUGAGAGACAAUACAAGUGUGGUCAAACUAGGAUAUCACUUCGAACUUCCAGGACCGCGAAUGUCUAUGACGAGUAUCCUUACCAGAAAUAUGGACAAGCAAAGACAAAAAAGAAUGCAGGAACAAAAAGAGUUGGGUUAUGAUCCCACAUCAAAUCUGAGGACCAAGACCUUGCAAAAAGGAACUCCAGGAGUAUCACCGUAUUCUUCCCCUAGAGCAUCGCCAUGGUCAUCUCCAAAGCCAACUAGGAAAUUUCAAACUGAUAAUACAAUGCUUCCUUCUCCUCCACCACCUCCCCCACCUCCUCCACCAGUACCUCCUCCUCCUCCUCCAAUACUUCCGCUAAUUCAAGAGAAAAAGGUUCCCUCCAGAAAUAUAGCGGAAGUUAUCAAGCAACAUGAGAGAUCAGCCAACAAGCUUCAAAAUGGACACAAGGGAAAAGGGAAAAAAAGUAGAAAAGAACAAAACAACAUAUUCAAAGAUAUAAAAAACUCAUUAAGAUCAAUAUCAGAGAAAAAGACAGAAGAUAUAUCCAGACCAUCCACCCCCCAACGAUCGGUGCGCGAUGACCUCAUGCAAGCCAUAAGGGGAAGCAGUGUGAGGCAACUCAAAAAGGUGGACGUACCACAAGCACUCAGAUAAUCUCAGGUCGGACAUAUAAAAUCAUCCGUACAAAGAUCAACAAGGAAACGUUGCUGAAUUAUUUGCAGUUGAAUAUAAAGAGGUUACCAAAGUUCUUUUAAGUUUGAUAUAUUUAUAUGUUGUCUUGAUUCACCUAAAGCUUGUUAAAAGAUUUUUAAAAAUGUGUAAAUAUUGAGGAAAUGACUUUUUUUUUUGUAAUAUUACAUUCUUCGUUUAUUAAAAAAAAUCAUACGUGAACCUAUAACAGAUCAUUAUCACAAGCCUUGCUAUUUUUGCACUAAAACAUGUGUUCUCAUGGCUUGUUUUGUUUUUAUUUUUUGUAAUUUACAUGCAAUAAAUAAGGUUUUAUCA